AUGGGUGAAGGUGGAAGAGAGAAAGGAGUGGAGAGGGAAUGUGAACCCGGCCAGCCCCUCCACUGCCCCGCUGUGUCCCCCAGCGCCCAGCCCUGGACACACCCCGGCCAGAGCCAGCUGUUUGCAGACCUGAGCCGAGAGGAGCUGACAGCUGUGAUGAGCUUCCUGACCCAGCAGCUAGGGCCAGGCCUGGUGGAUGCAGCCCAGGCCCGCCCCUCGGACAACUGCGUCUUCUCGGUGGAGCUGCACUUGCCCCCCAAGGCUGCAGCCCUGGCCCACCUGGAUAGGGGGAGCCCCCCGCCUGCCCGGGAGGCACUGGCCAUCGUCUUCUUUGGUGGACAACCCCAGCCCAAUGUGAGUGAGCUGGUGGUGGGGCCGCUGCCUCACCCCACCCACCUGCGGGAUGUGACAGUGGAGCGUCAUGGGGGCCCCCUGCCCUAUCACCGACGCCCCGUGCUGAUCCGGGAGUACCUGGACAUAGACCAGCUGAUCUUCGACAGGGAGCUGCCCCAGGCUGCUGGGCUCCUCCACCACUGCUGCUUCUACAAACGCCAAGGACGGAAUCUGGUGACGAUGAACACGGCCCCCCGAGGUCUGCAGUCAGGGGACAGGGCCACCUGGUUUGGCCUCUACUACAACAUCUCAGGGGCUGGGUUUUUCCUGCAUCCCGUGGGGUUGGAGUUGCUGGUAGACCACAAGGCUCUGGACCCUGCCCGCUGGACCAUCCAGAAGGUGUUCUUUCAAGGCCGCUACUAUGACAGUUUGGCCCAUCUGGAGGACCAGUUUGAGGCGGGCCUGGUGAAUGUGGUGCUGGUCCCAGACAAUGGCACAGGUGGGUCCUGGUCCCUCAAGUCCCAGGUGCCUCCGGGUCCAGCUCCUCCUCUGCAGUUCCAACCCCAGGGCCCCCGUUUCAGUGUCCAGGGCAGUCGAGUGAGCUCCUCAUUGUGGACUUUCUCCUUUGGCCUUGGAGCUUUCAGUGGCCCCAGGAUCUUUGACAUCCGCUUCCAGGGAGAACGACUAGCUUAUGAGAUCAGCCUCCAAGAGGCCUUGGCCAUCUAUGGUGGAAAUUCUCCUUCUGCUCUGCGAAGCCGGUAUACAGAUGGUGGAUUUGGCUUGGGUCACUUCUCUUCAACUCUGACCCGGGGGGUGGACUGCCCCUACCUGGCCACCUAUGUGGACUGGCACUUCCUUCUGGAGUCCCACACCCCCAAGACAAUACGGGAUGCCAUUUGUGUGUUUGAACAGAACCAGGGCCUCCCCUUGAGGCGACACCACUCAGAUAUCCACUCCCACUAUUUUGGGGGCCUUGCAGAGACAGUGCUGGUUGUCAGAUCUGUGUCAACCAUGCUCAAUUAUGAUUAUGUGUGGGAUAUGGUCUUCCACCCCAAUGGGGCCAUAGAAGUCCGACUCCAUGCCACCGGCUACAUCAGCUCAACAUUCCUCUUUGGUGCUGCCCAAAGUUAUGGGAACCAGGUUGGGGAACACACGCUGGGUACCGUCCACACCCACAGUGCCCACUUCAAGGUGGAUCUGGAUGUAGGAGUUUGA